UCUGCAGAAGUGCAGGAUGCCUUCAUGACUUACACAGUGUAUGAUGACGUCAUCACCAUUAAGCUCAUCCAAGAGGCUUGCAAGGUUCUUGGUGUCUGCAUGGAAGCCAUUCUGAAACUCUUUGGGGAAUACGUCUUUAAAUCCUGCAAGAUGGCUGGCGAUGACCGGAUGUUACGGACACUGGGAGGAAAUCUCACGGAGGAAGCCCCUCUCACGGAGUUUAUUGAAAACCUAGAUGCCCUCCAGAGUUACCUGGCGCUCCCUUAUCAGGAAAUGAAUGCACCAUCGUUUUGUGUGGAGAGAGGAGCAGACAGGAAGAUGCUUCUCCAUUACUACUCUGAUAGAAGUGGUCUGUGCCACAUCGUACCAGGUAUCACUGAGGCUGUGGCCAAAGACCUCUUUGACAUUGACGUGACCAUGGAUAUCCUUGACGUGAAUCAAGAGGAGGAGAGGACAGGGAAGAAGGAGCACGUUGUGUUUCUGAUCGUGCAGAAGUCGCACAGACAGAUGAGAAGGGCAAAGCCAAAGGGAUCACAAGACACUCAGGACAGCCAGAGAGACCAAGAGGCCCUGGAGGCAGCUUUCCUUAGGAUGAAAGAGAGAUAUUUGAGUGUCUGUCCCGUGAAAAAGUCCAGCUGGGAAGUUGUGAGAAGCAUAGUCAUGUUUGGAAAAGGGCAUCUCAGGGACACCUUUGAACCAAUUUAUCCCGAGUGGCUCUGGACUGAAGAGAAGACAUUCUGCGAUGCUUUUCCCUUCCAUGUGGUAUUUGAUGAAUCACUGUGGGUCAAGCAAGCUGCAGUGAACAUUCAGAAGUAUGUCCCGGGACUCCAAACCCAGAAGAUUCGAUUAGAUGAGUACUUCUCCAUCGUCCAUCCCCAGGUUACCUUCAACAUCUGCAAAUUUAUCAAGUUUGUCCUGAAGGCGCAAAGGGAGUUGAUGCCUGCAGCAUGGAGAAGUCAGUCUGCACUCAAACUCCGAGGCCAGAUGAUCUGGAUGGAGUCCAUGUGGUGCAUGAUGUACGUGUGCUCCCCUAAGCUCCGCAGCCUGCAUGAACUGGAGGAGCGCCAGAUGCACCUUUCCGACAGCCCCCAUGGUACCACCAGGGACCUUGUCCUCCUGAACCAGUGGCGCCUGGAGGAGAUUGAGCUGUCCAGCCAGCUGGAGAGGAAGAAGGAGGAGCUGCAGGUCCUCUCCAAGCACUCGGCCAUCGAAGAGAAGAAAACGGAGACCUUGCUGUACGCCGUGCUGCCUGAGCACGUGGCCAACCAGCUGAAGGAAGGCAGAAAGGUCGCCUCAGGAGAAUUUAAAACCUGCACAAUUCUCUUCAGCGACAUAGUGACAUUUACGAACAUCUGUGCUGCCUGUGAACCUAUCCAGAUGGUGACUAUGCUGAAUUUAAUGUACUCCAAGUUCGACAGGUUAACCAGUGUCCACGAUGUCUACAGAGUAAGCGUCCUGAUGCUUAUGGUGGUAGGGCGUGUGCCAGUGUCUGUUGGAAGCCACGCUCAAAGAAUAGCUAACUUUGCCUUGGGGAUGAGAAUUUCUGCAAAAGAAGUGAUGAAUCCUGUUACUGGAGAACCCAUCCAGAUCGGAGUGGGCAUCCCUACAGCACCAGUCUUGGCAGGUGUCAUGGGGGACAAGAUGCCUUGGAACUGCUUGUUUGGUGACACUGUGAAUACAGUCUGUAGGAUGGAAAGUCACGGGCUUCCCAACAAAGUACAUCUUAGCCCCAGGGCCUGCAGAGCCCUGGAAAAUCAAGGUUUUGAAAUAAUUGAGAGGGGUGAAAUUGAAGUGAAAGGGAAAGGGAAAAUGACCACAUACUUUGUGAUCCAGAACUUGAAUGCUUCAGAGGAUGAGAUCAUGGGGAGACCUCAAACUUGGCUUGAUCCUGAGGUGUCCAAGGCGUCCGAGAAUGUGACCCGUGAGCCUCCAGGGGCCACGGGACAUUCCCCCAGGCGGCUGGAUCAGCCUCUCAGAGCCCGGGAUGGAGGAGGGGAAACAGAAAGACUGCCGCGCGCGGGGUGCUCUUCCCAAGCUGCGUCCUCCCUCAGGUCAUCCCCGGGGGACGCCCACGGGCUCUGGGUGCCUCGCGGAGGCCUGAAAGGCCGAGCGGUUGAACUGGAGGGGAGCCGGGCGUGCCCCGGGGGCGGGGCCUGGGCAGUGCUCUUCCGGGUCUUCCGUGCGUGA